AUGGAAGAGGAAUCAAUUUAUAAUCUUAUCCCUAAAGAAUACGUACCUCCCCCUAAAGAGAGACGUUACAGAUCAUAAUACCCAAAUGACUUGCCACCAACUGGGUCUACUUUCAUUAAUCAUACAACCUCUCGUCCAGGAGUUGCUAAUUUAGCUGGUGAUUUUGAGUUAUCUAAAGGUCCUCAUUCCCAUAAAGAUUUCUGUUCAACUUUUGGCAGAGUUAAAGGAUCAAUAAAGCCUUCAACAAGUGAUUUCAGAAAAAAAAAUACAGGCACAAUGGGUUCUAACAAACUCCCUAUAAUUAAGCCUUUUAAGUACGCUGAUCAUGAGUCAAGAAGACCAAAUGUACCAAAAAUAGAAGAAAAACCUUUAAUGAACUAACAAUCUCACAAAAAUUACAUUGUCACUAAUGCAGUUGAAAAUAUUUUAAGUGCUCCCAAAGCUAUGAAAGAACCUGAAAAUUAUCUUACAAAAAGAGAUUAUGGCAAAGUUCCUAAUUAUCUUGUUAGAAAUAAAGAACAUUUACAAACUGAAUAUAAAAUGAUCUAAAAUCUUCAUCUUUCAGAGGCUGAAGAACAACAAAGAUAGAGAUUCUUGAUGUCCUAAGAAGAAGUUAGAUAACUUAGAGAUGGCUUAAAGGCUAAAUGGGAAGCAGUUAAUAAGGAGUACCAAACUAUCACUCAUAUUAAUAAAAUUGAUACUGUUGGUUUAAAAAGAAAGAAAGAAGAAUGUGAAAGGGAAUUAACUUAAUUAGAAAAAGAUAUUGAAAAGCUAAACAAGUAAUAUAUUUUCGUAGACACUAACAUGUGA